AUGAUCUCUGCCUGGCUGUGGCUAUUUUGCCUCUCUGUUAUUCAGGUUUUCACCACUGAAGCCCAGCAUGCUGAAAGCCUGCAUACGGAAGUCCCCGAAAACUAUGGUGGAAAUUUCCCUUUUUACAUACUCAAGCUACCACUGCCCCUAGGGAGGGAUGAAGGCCAGAUUGUCCUAUCAGGAGACUCAGGCACAGCAGUUCAAAACACCUUUGCUGUGGAUCCAGAUUCUGGCUUUCUAGUGGCAACAAGGGCUCUGGACCGGGAGGAAAAGGCAGAAUACCAUCUACAGGUCACCUUGGAGUCUGAGGAUGGACGUGUCUUGUGGGGUCCACAGCUUGUGACUGUACAUGUGAAAGAUGAGAAUGACCAGGUACCCCAAUUCUCCCAGGCCAUCUACAGAGCUCAGCUGAGCCAGGGCACCAGGCCUGGAGUUCCCUUCCUCUUCCUUGAGGCUUCUGAUGGGGAUGCACCAGGCACAGCUAACUCGGACCUUCGCUUCCACAUUCUGAGCCAGUCCCCACCUCAGCCUUUACCAGAUAUGUUCCAGCUGGACCCUCAUCUAGGGGCUCUGGCCCUUAGUCUCAAGGGAAGCACCAGCCUAGACCAUGCCCUGGAAGAGACUUACCAGCUAUUGGUACAGGUCAAGGACAUGGGUGACCAGCCUUCAGGCCAUCAGGCUAUUGCGACCGUAGAGAUCUCCAUAGCAGAGAACAGCUGGACACCCCUAGAGCCUGUUCACCUGGCAGAGAAUCUCAGGGUUGCUUACCCACACAGCAUUGCUCAGGUGCACUGGAAUGGAGGAGAUGUGCGUUAUCAGCUGGAGAACCAGCCUCCAGGACCUUUCGAUGUGGAUACAGAGGGGAGAAUCCAUGUAAUUAUGGAGCUGGACCGAGAGGCCCAGGCUGAGUACCAGCUCCAAGUCCGAGCUCAGAAUUCUCGUGGUGAGGACUACGCAGAACCCCUGGAGUUGCAGGUGGUGGUGACGGAUGAAAAUGACAAUGCACCUGUCUGCUCCCCACAUGACUCAACAGUCAGCAUCCCUGAGCUUAGCCCCCCAGGAACUGAAGUGGCCAGGCUCUCAGCAGAGGAUUUGGACGCCCCUGGAUCACCCAAUUCCCACAUUGUGUAUCAGUUGUUGAGCCCUGAGCCUGAGGAGGGGACUAAAAACAAAGCCUUCGAGUUAGAUCGGACCUCAGGCAGUGUAACGCUGGGAACUGCCCCACUCCAUGCUGGCCAGGAUAUCCUGCUUCAGGUGCUGGCUGUUGACUUAGCAGGAUCAGAGGGUGGCCUCAGCAGCACAUGUGAGGUUGCAGUCACGAUCACAGACAUCAACAAUCAUGCCCCUGUGUUCAUCAGUUCCCAGAUUGGGCCUGUAAGUCUUCCUGAGGAUGUAAAGCCUGGGGCUCUGGUGGCCACACUCUUGGCCACUGAUGCUGACCUUGAGCCUGCCUUCCGCCUUAUGGACUUCGCCAUUGAAGAAGGAGACCCAGAAGGGAUCUUUGACCUGUCCUGGGAGCCAGACUCUGACCAUGUCCAGCUCAGACUCCAGAAGAACCUCAGCUACGAGGCCGCUCCUGAUCACAAGGUGGUGGUGGUUGUGCGGAACAGGGAAGAACUGGAGGGCCCAGGUCCAGGCCCUGCAGCCACGGCCACGGUGACUGUACUGGUGGAGAGGGUGAUACCACCCCUCAAGCUGGAGCAGGAGAGCUAUGAAACCAGCAUCCCAGUCAGCACCCCAGCUGGCUCUCUCUUGCUGACCAUCCAGCCCUCAGACCCCAUGAGCAGACCCCUCAGGUUCUCCCUGGUCAAUGACUCAGAGGGCUGGCUCUGCAUCAAGGAGGUGUCUGGGGAGAUACAUACAGCCCAGUCCCUGCAGGGUGCCCAGCCUGGAGACACAUACACAGUGCUUGUGGAGGCCCAAGACACAGAUGAUCCAGGACUGAGCACUUCUGCCACUGUUAUGGUCCACUUCCUGAAGGCCUCUCCUGUCCCAGCAUUGACUCUGGCCACUGGGCCCAGCCGACACCUCUGUACACCUCGCCAAGACUACGGUGUGGUUGUGAGUGGGGUCAGUGAGGACCCUGACCUGGCCAACAGGAAUGGUCCCUUCAGUUUUGCUCUUGGUCCCAAUCCCACUGUGCAGCGGGAUUGGCGCCUCCAGCCUCUUAAUGAUUCUCACGCCUACCUCACCUUGGCACUGCAUUGGGUAGAGCCUGGUGAAUACAUGGUACCUGUGGUUGUCCACUAUGAUGCCCAAAUGUGGCAACUCCAGGUCCAAGUGAUCGUGUGCCGUUGCAAUGUGGAGGGUCAAUGCAUGCGCAAGGUUGGUCGCAUGAAGGGAAUGCCCACGAAGCUGUCAGCAGUGGGUGUCCUCUUGGGGACCCUGGCAGCGAUAGGCUUCAUUCUCAUUCUUGUCUUCACACACCUGGCCCUGUCAAGGAAGGACCUGGAUCAGCCAGCAGACAGUGUGCCCCUGAAGGCAGUUAUGUGA